AUGGCAACGUUUAAAUCUCAUAUAACGGUUCGACGACAUUCACAACGAGAAGAUUUUGCCCAUGUUCCGCCUGUGCUUACUAUCAAGCGAAUUUAUAACAAGUUUCUUGAAACAGGUUCGGUAAAAUAUCGUGAUAAUCCACAACGGCCAGCUGCUACAACGACGAAAAAGAUAAAUGAAAUUGCUGAAAUUUUAGCAACAACGCCUAUCAAUAGCGUUCGUCUUGUUUCACAACAAGUGAACUUGUCAAAAUUUGUCGUUCAUCGUACAAUGUGA